AAUGAGGCCUGAUCACGUGACGUCAGAUUUCGCUAGAGCGGUUUGAAUGUUCUUGAUAAGAAACUCAAAAUAAACUUCCUUCCCAAUAUUCCUUCCUGGCUUUAUUGACAGAAUAAGGAAUAAACGAACAAUAUCCUUUGCAGAUGGUUCAUUGAUAAGAUAAAGCACCAUGGCUGAAGAUCGGGAAAUUCUGAAGGAGAUCUGGGAGGGAAAACUACCAGUUUGCUUCAACCUGUCAAUGGAUGAAUUAUACACAAUGGACCAACCUGAACCUUAUUAUAUACUUGCACCAAGACAGACCUACUUUCCUCUAAUAACGGAUAAAGUACAGCGUCACUUUAUAAAACACAUUGAACCAGGGAUACAAGAACAAAGCACUGAAAUAUGGCUGGAGUAUGAAGGCAAACCACUAAAAUGGCACUACCCAAUUGGUGUAUUAUUUGAUAUGUUUAACACAGACACCCUGCUGCCAUGGAAUAUAACUGUACAUUUUCAGAAUUUUCCUGAGGAGGAGAUAUUACAUUGCCCUAGCAAAUCAGCGGUAGAGUCCCACUUUAUGUCUACAGUUAAGGAGGCUGAUGCCCUCAAACACAAGUCCCAAGUCAUCAAUAACCUACAGAAGAAAGACCAUAGACAACUCUGGACUGGCCUACAGAAUGAUCGUUUUGACCUGUUCUGGGGCAUUAAUAAGAAGUUGAUGGAAGGAAGCAAUGAUGACACAUUCAAGUAUGUCCCAUAUAGGAUUCACCGUCAGGAUAAGGUGUACUUACAAAAGCUUGUGAAACCCAUGAAAGAUACGGGUCAACAUAUGACCUUGCAUGACCUUCUUAUACAGUUAGAUAUAGCUAGUCAUGAUGAAGAAGCGAAACAGAGGGUUUUGGUACAAGGUAUUACUCCUCCUAUGGAAACAACCUUACUGUGGUUGAGUGAACAUUUUAGUUACCCUGACAAUUUUCUACAUAUCUGCCUUGUGGACAAAUGAUUCAGAAAAUAUGGAUUUCCAGAAUAGU